AUGGAUUCCCAAACUCGCAGCGGUUGGAGCCAGGAAUUCACUUGUACAUCUGAAAGAUUGGAAAAUCCUCCAGAUGAGUCUAGAAAUGAGCCGGAAGUUGAGCUAAAGGUGCCCUCGGGACUCCACUGCGGUCCCGCAGGCAGAAGGACGCUUAUCAAGUGGCUUGAAGACAACUACAAAUUGAGGAGGGGAAUGCAUAAUACGAAUCCUGGCGUUCUAGCCUGCAGGCUAUGGCAAGAGUCCCAAGGCUUCUCUGACCAGGUCUCAAGGGCAAUCGUUGGACUGCUAAAGCUUCAGGGAAUACCUGCAAAUGUUACGUAUCAGACGGUUUUUGAGAAUUACCUUGCAAAGCAACUCUCAACGCUGAUAAAGAGGGGACCGCAUUCACAAGACAAGAGUAUAGACUGUGUUGAUGGUUCAUCUUGUUCUGUGGAUAGUCUCUCUGACUGUGAGCUAGUUGUGAGGGAGGAUGAAUGGAAUGAAAAAAACGAAUGGAGGAAGUACUUGAUCCAGAUGUAG